AUUAAAUCCAUUGGCCGAAAAAACACUAGAUGACCUGAUAAUUAAAGUCAGCCAAGAAUCUGGAAGAAAGGUUAUCUUUCUGUAGCAUCUUUCCAAGAAUAAAAAUAUAACUAUGGAACUGGCAUUCAAAAUUUAUGAAAACAAGACAGGUCAGACAAAUUCUGAACAUUUAUUAGAACUGUUGUCAAAACCUCCAUAUUAUUGUAAAACAGACUACAGUUACCACUUACCCCUUCAAAUGAAGAAGGGAACCAAUACCUCUAUCAUCAUGGACAUGGUUGGUAUGUAUUGUCAAUGUAUAUAAAUUUAUCAAAUGAUGUUUCCGCCCAAAAAGCAACCGUUUUACUUUCCAAAACGCUUCCUUUACUCUAUAAACUACACAGUCCUCUCUCAAUCCCCAAAACCAGCAUUUCCGCAUCUAUCUCUCCUUGCAGACAAAUGCACUUCAAUGACUCAACUCAAACAAAUACACGCCCAGAUGAUUCUCACUUCUCGCAUUUCUGACCAUUUCGCUGCAAGCCGCUUGCUCUCCUUUUGCGCUCUCUCCAAUUCUAGAGAUAUCAAUUAUGCGAUAAAAUUAUUCAAAAGUAUUCAAGACCCAAAUAUCUUUAUGUGGAAUACUAUCAUUAGAGCUUUAGCGAAUAGCUCAAAUCCUGAUCAAGCUCUGUUCUUUUAUAUUCAAAUGCUGAGACUUGGGGUUUGUCCAAAUAAAUACACUUUCCCUUUUCUUCUCAAAGGUUGCAGCUUUUGUUCGAUCCAAUCAUGCAAGCAAAUACAUACCCAUGUUUUGAAAUUUGGGUCGGAUCUGGAUUUGCAUGUUGUUAAUAGGUUAGUUAGGGUAUACUCGAUCUUCAGCGAUUUAACCGAUGCUUGGAAAUUGUUUGGUGAAUUUCCCGAGAGAGAUUUGAGUAUUUGGACCACGAUGAUUAGUGGGUAUGCCCAAAACUUUUGUGCUAAUGAAGCUUUAGUGUUGUUUGAGAGAAUGGUUGCAGAGGGGUUCGAACCAAAUGGACCUACUAUCGCUUCUGUGUUGUCUGUGUGUGCUCGUUCAGGAAGUUUGGAUUUAGGGGAGAGAAUCCAUGGUUUUAUGAUAGAAAGAGGGGUUGAAAUUGGAGUGAUUUUAGGCACUGCCCUGGUGCACAUGUAUGCUAAGAAUGGAAAAAUUUUGGUGGCUAGAAAAUUGUUUGAUUCCAUGACUGAAAAAAAUGUUGCUACUUGGAAUGCAAUGUUAUGUGGAUUGGCUAGUCAUGGACAUGCUGAAGAAGCACUUUCACUUUUUUGGAAACUGGAGAAAGAACAUAUAGUCCCAAUUGAUGCCACUUUUGUUGGGGUUUUAUCUGCCUGCUGCCAUGCUGGUUUGAUUGAUGUUGGUCGCAGGAUCUUUUAUUCGAUGAAGGAGAGUUAUGGUAUUGAUCCUAAGAUUGAACAUUAUGGGUGCAUGGUGGAUCUUCUUGGGCGAGGUGGGAAGCUAGUUGAAGCUGAGGAGUUGAUAAAAGGAAUGGUGUGGAAGGCUGAUGUUGUGAUUUUGGGAGCUCUGUUAUCUGCUUGUAAAAAUUAUAGAAACAUUGAGAUUGCUGAAAGAGUGGCGAAUAAGAUUCUGGCCUUGGAACCUCAUAAUCAUAUGGUCUACGUUGUUUUGUCCAAUAUGUACGCAGAGGCUGGACGGUGGCAGGAUGUAUCAAGGCUUAGGAAGGUCAUGAAAAUAGGGAAGUUGAAAAAAAUGCCCGGUUGGAGCCUCGUGGAUGGUGAUAAUUAAGUCUUGUUUAUUCUCUAAAUAUGUAAUAGACUGGCACCAUUAUUGCUCCAUGAAAGAAAACUAUUGUUAAACAUCAAAAUGGAGGGAGCGGCAGGAUCAAAGGGACAUGCAUCGUGAUUUGCUGUUCGCAGGACCUUUUCUACCGGCCAAUUCUGAAAGACGAGGUGGAGAGUGGAUACUAUUGAUUGCUGGAAGAUUGAAGUUUGCAAUUUCAAUGUGUGUUUUUGUAGGACAAGAAAAGCGGUUAUCUAAUCAUAUUGAAUGAUAUAAAUUCAAGACGAUUGGCUUCAGCUGCA